CGGCGAUCAAUCGAAGCAGUCGGGCGCGUGCCGCCAGCGCCAUCUUUACCCCCGUUGUGACGUGCGGUUGCCCCAAGCGGUCAAAAUACGUACCAAGCAAGCACCGGUGUCGAUUGUGUCUCGGACGGCGAGACACAGCGAGCGGCAGCAGCAGCAGCAUCCGGACCGGCCGCCGCCACCGUCGCCUGUCGUGCUGUGCGGUGCGACGGGCCCGUACACUGACCCCACCGCGAACGGCUGCAGCAGUGGCCGCCCGAUAGCAGCGGCACCGAAAACGGCGUCCAAAAUCGAAACGAUGGCGGAAGCCCAGCGGCUGAUCGGCAUCUCGCUGGCGAAGAUCGCCCAAUCGCGGGUGUGCCGCGGGGGCGUCUCGCUCCACAAGAACCUGCUGGUCGCGACCGUGCUGCAGAAGGCACGGUACAUCUUCAUGGAGGAAGCGUACCACAUCGUGCACGGGCACUAUCUGCAGCAGCAGCAGCAGCAGCAACACCAUCAUCAACAGCUGAUGCAGGAGCAGCAGAAUGCGGCCUACCUGCUGGCGGGGCACUGCGACGGUUCCCCGGCUGAGGACGGCGGCUGUGAUGAUGACUGUAGCAAUAACAACAACAACAACAACAACAACAGCAAGUGCAGUAGUGGGCUGGAAGAGGAGGAGGAGAAGCAGCAGCAACUGCUCGCAGCGCGAUGCAGCCCCGUGGAGGAGCUAGUGGACCCGGUGGAGGAGGAGGAGGACGGGGCCACGACGACCCUUUCGUACGAUUGUGACACCACCAACACCACCACCACCAUUCUGCCUACGACGAUCGGGAGCCUGGGACCGCUGGAACCGCUCAACAUGUGCCGCAACAAUGGUUCCCCCUCUGCAGCAGCUCCCGCCGGAGACACGCACGAGCAGCCGGACGAGGAGGAGGAAGAGGAGGAGAAGCAAACAUCAACGUGCCAGGAUGUGGCCGCCCAUCUGUUCCUGCUGCCCGCGCUGGCGCCCUGGAUCGGUGCGCCCGAGGAUAACAAGGAGAACAUUGGCAGUUCCUUUUCGUUCCUGCCAGCGGCAGCGUCCCCGUUCCACUACCAUCACGAUGAGGAAGAAGAAGAGCAGGAGGAGGACGACGAAGAAGAGGAGGAGGAGGAAAACACUUGCCAGGAUCUGUCCUGCCACCGGCGGAAGCAGGAAGCGGCCGACCACCAGCCGGAACUGGCCAGAAAGCAGCUCGAGUCGGCCGUCCGGUCGAAGGGUGCGCUGCGCUACUUCGAUCUGGACGAUCGGCGCACGGCCCGGCACGAGCGACGGCGCCGAAGACACCGGACGGAAGGGGACGACGAGCAGCAAGCGUUCCCGUCAGUACCCGUAAAGCGGCGCCGCUCGUCCGACUGGGACCGUACAACGGUGGAGCUGCCCGACCAGCAGUCCACGAACGAUGACCGCAUCCACCCGAUACCGCUCCUGUCCGCCAAGCGGCUCAAAACGAUCGACAACCAGCAGCAGCAGCAGCAACCGCGUCCCCUAACGCCGGCCCUCUGCCCCCAGCCACAGUUCUACUCGUCCCCGCACGAAACCAUCUGCCCGGGCGAUGCGGAAACCCUGUCCGCGUGCGUUAACCAGCAGCUGGAGGCGGAAAAUUUGAGCACAAGCGGCGGCGGCAGCAGCAACACUUCACCACCACUGGCACUGGAAGAGCCGGAAGUAGAGCAGCACCCGGAGGAAACGGACGCGGCCGCCCCAGCUCCAGCCCCGUCGGUCGAGAGCAUCGACCGGAUAACGUCUUUGGUUUCGAUUUUUAGCUUCGGCAACCUGUCCCGCUCCGUCUCGACGCCGGACGUGUUCUGUGCGGCCCAGGCGCAGAAGGACGCCCGGCCGGAUGCGGGCGGCUCCCUGCUGACCAGCCAGCUGCAGCAUCACGGCCAGCGCGGCUACCUGACGAUGACGGUGUAACUAAUGCUGGUGGGGGCGUGCGUGCGUGGACAGGGAGAGAGGGAGGUUUGUUUGCAGACAGAUAGAGCAAAAGUAAAAAAAAAAACGGACGUGAUAGUAGAAUAUCUAACCUAAGUCGCUGGGGAGGGGAACAAAAUAGGAUGUCAGCGUAAAAAUGUGAAAAAAUCGAAUGUUUUCUCCUUUUUUUUACAGCAGCGUGAGGGGCAGUAAACGGGUAAUGGUAGGGUUGAAUGAGUGUUUGUGCGCGCGGGUAGUGCCUCUUACAUAGAAGUAGUCUUUUAGAAGUAACGGAAGCAGCAGCAGCAGCAGCUCCCAUUUUCCAUUUCCACAUUCACAAAUCAAACUAUUUAUCGGUUAGGUUAGGCUCUCGAAUUUCGAAUUUCAAAACCCACCAUCCCUCUUCUGUGCUCGUGAGGUGUGGGAAAAGCCACUGACCGUUGCGGAGAAAGAGCAGCAGCAGCAGCAGCAGUUAGUUUAGCUUCCAAUCGCCUUAUCCGCGGUUUCCUCUUUUGACCCUUUUUAAUACCUUCACACACAGACACACACACAUACACACGUAAAAAUGAUGGCUAACAGGAGUAGAGUGGGGCGGGGGGUUAGAGUUGAUCGGUUCGUACCACCUCCCCACCCGGGUGGUAAAACGGUACUUUGCAUCGAACAUCACGAUCAUUAGCGAAUUGAGCUUAGAAGAAGAAAGGAAGAGAAGAGAACCAUAAAACAUACCCCUUCACUAUCCCCUCCCGGUCAGUGUGAGAAGCUUUAGAAGAGCAGGAAGAAGAAGGGCCUGUUAGCAGUCCCCUCCCCCUCUUGGUUCGAUUCGCGUGACGCGCGUAUCAUCUUUACAUCUCUCCCCAGAAAGAUGGGGCAGAGCAGGGGGAAGAAGAAGGGUAUCGGAUAGAAGAGAAAGGAUGAAAAAGCAGCGCUAAGAGUAAGUGGACACACUGUGGUGUGGUUCGCGAUCGUGUCUAGGUUGAAGAUCGCGCAAGAGAAAUACGCGCAAGCAACAGCCGGGCGUGUGUGUAGCCCGGGCGAUCGGUAGUAAAGGGGCGCGCGCGCUUAAAGCAUAAGUAGCUCCGCUCUCUUCCUGCUCCCGUAUUAAAGGGGGGGGGGGGGGGAGAGGAAAGGAGGCUGAAUUGGUUUAGCGGCUGCUGCCACCGCCGCCUCUGUCUGUGUUUGUGCCCAUUACCCCAUCAAUCGGAGGCACUGCUUUUCACGUUCCUUGCUUCGUUUACGGCAUUCCCACCCAGCAUAAUGAUGCGUCCAACGGAACGAAAGGAAAGACAGAGAAAGAGAGAGCGAUUGAGAAGCGCCACACGCAAAGUAGGCCUUGCACCACCACCACCUCCCCUUCCGCGGGCGGGAAAGACGCUGUUGCGUUAAAGCGUUGCGCUAAACCUGUGUUUGCACAAAUACCAAUAGGAAAAAAGGAGGUAGAAGGGGGGAAGGGAAGGGGGGGGGCGGGUACGUGCAAAAAGAGAAGGGCACCGAAAAAUCCUAACACACACCACCUCCCCCCCACCCCGCAGUUGUUAGGUUGGGUGGUUUGCGCGCAGACACAAAAACACAACGUGUGAGGGUCGUCGAUGCAAUGAUGCAUUUUCUCUUUUUUUUGUGUGCACACAAACACACACACACAGAGCCGUCCUUCUCACGGUUUACGGUGAUGCGAUGCAUUUUCUAAUGUUUCAUGGCGGGGUGGUAGUGGGUGGGAAACCAAGAUGAAAAUGCGAUAUAUAUUUGUGUACCGCACCGGUGUGGUGUGUCCACUGUGGUACCACGACGUGCAUUUGUACGCCAAACCAGAGGUCACCCCGCCCGGUUGCCCAGGUGACGACGUGAAGAGAUGAAAGUUCAUUUGGCGCUUUGUUGCACCCUUCACCGAAAAACCAGCGGGCGCGCAGCAGUAUACGUCAAUCGUGUACGGCGCAUAAUAUGCAGAAGAGAUGCGAUCCACUCCCCCCCCCCUCUUCUCCCCCAUCCCUUUCUACGUUUGGCACGGUGUGAGAUGAUCGAUUCGAUAUUUGCAACUGGCCCAAUAGCUGGGGCGGAUUGAAGAGGCGGCGGGAAACAGCGCAGGGGUGGGUUUUUGAAAGUUGUUUCCGUUUACGGGGUGAGCAAAUUACAUGCCAUUUGGCAGCUGUAGUGAAGAUGAUAGGACGCAGAAAGAGAGUGAUACAGAGAGAGAGAGAUAGACAACAGUGGGAUGUUAUGUAUGUGUGUGUGUGUUGGUGUGUUGGAGAUUAGACUUUUUUUGUGUGUUAUGUGUAUGAUGAUGGUCACUUUCGCAAAGCAAAUCAUUCAAAUGGAACUUGAUUAGUAUAGCAGUGUGUGAUGGUUUCUUCUUUUUAUUAUUAUUUUUGCAGCCGCUUUUUCUGCGCAAGGGAAAGAGGGACAGACACGAAAAGUGAUUGUACCUUUUUAUUAUUGCGGGUUUUUUUUCUUUCGAAAGUACUAUUGAUAGUGCGCUGUAAAUCGCAUGAAUUUGAAUUUCCAAUUGGAUGUGGUUAUGUGGUUGGUGCGAUAGGAGAUUUUCGUAUUGUGUUGUUUUCUUUGCCAACAGGAAUUACGUUGGAAUUGUCAGUGAUAGGAAUUUGAAUUGAAUUCAAUGCCGUAAACCUUUUCAAUUUAUUUUAAUAAUCGAACAAUUAUUCCUUUUUCUUUUAUUUAUAAAAAUAUAAAAAACCACUCCCUUGCGAAGGUUUACAAUCGUUUAGCUGUUGGUUUUUAGAUUUGCAGCACAAAACGACAAACAGAUUGCUAACUUCAUUUAACAUCAAUUCAAAUUUCCGUACAUUAAACGGCUUUUUUCUCUCCUUCUUUCUUCUCACACAAAAAGGGCAAAGAAGCUCUCCGCAAGCCACGCAAGAAGAAGGUCUGGUGGGAGGCCAAUAAUUUGCCGCAAUCAGUGGCGAAGGUGGCGAUCGUGUAUAACCGACCCCCCCCCUCCCAUCCCCCCAUCCCGUCUGAAUUCGAACCGAUCGCACGGGAGUCAAUGAACUCUCUGCUUGGGGCUGGCCUCGCUCAGUUUUUCUCAGCUGUGGCCUUACCUUACCAAACCUACCCCACCCAUCAUUGACGGAGAUGGAGAUGUGUGUGUGUGUUCGUGUACGUGUCAUUUUGUCGAAAUGGAUUGUGAUAGGAAAUGUCGCACUUUUUUUUGGUUUCUCCCCCCCUGUUGGUGGGGGUGGUCGGGUUGCAGUGCUGCAAAAGUGAAAGUUUACAUAAAUGUGUGUGUGUGUGUGUGUGCACUUGUAAGUACACUCCAAAAACCCUUAUAAUUGCAGCACCACCAGCUGUAGCAUAAGACACUUGUUCUUUUUUUGUGUGUUUUGUGUUUUUCGCACUUAAGUGGGGGGAGGUAAUGGAUUGUAUUUACCCUCCACUUUCCACCCUUAUCUCUCUCUCUCUCCCUCUCGAUUAUAAGCGAGGAAUAUGAUUCCGUAACAGUGUUCGAUUCGGUAAACUUUAUUCAAUCACAGGCGGCGCGCACGCGAUCGAUCGUGUUUUGCGCUGACAAUCAUAGCGAAAAGGGGGACUAUUUUGCCCCGGUUUUGGACCGCAUUUCCCUUCCCACCAAGCAAAGCUCACCACCACCACCACCACCACGAAUGCCUUUCUAUUGCGCAAUAUUGCUACGCGGUGGCGGUAACACCAUUUCUCACCAACCGGGCCAAAGCGCCGAAGGAUUUGAAAAAAUGUGUUCCGCGUUUACGUUGUUGCUGCUGCUGCUGUGAUAGAGGGCGCGAGUGAGCGCACAUAGUGGCCCACCACCGGCCCAACAUGCCACUUAACCUAACAAGCCUCCCCCCCCCCAUGCUCCUCUGUGUGGGGUAUGGGUUUUCCUGCUUAUUUUUGGUUUAUGCAACUCAUCAUAAAACCGACUCUACUUCGCCGUACCCCAUGCCCCGCUCGGGCGGUGUGUUGUGGGCCUUCCCCUACUGCUGCUGCUUCUACCACUUCUCAUAAUUAAACGUGCAAUCGUGUCUUGGCAUUAGGGGAAAAAACAGGACAGUGUAACGGCGCAGUGAAAACAAACAGCGCGCACAAAAAAAAAAACAAGAAGCACAGCUAUGACGUGAAGCUUCAUAACCGUUUCGGCGGGGUUUGUCGUGCAGGUGUGCUUUGAAAGACAAGAAAGAGUAAAAUAGAUGCACACCACUACCACCCCCUUCCGUUUUUAUCAGACAAAAAGCUUAACAACAACCCCCAUUUUAAGUAGUAAGAGUUGUAGGUGCUUGUCUGUUUUUUUUGUGUGAAUUAUGAACUUACUAUUAUUUGGCGAUCCUCGGGUGUUGCGUUGCGGCGUCCUCCUCCUGCUCAAAAAGAAAGCGAAAAAUAGAUUUCAACCGGAUUUGAUCUUUUGCCUGCAUUACGAAGCACGGGGGGAAGAUGUUUUGUUACAAUCAUAUAUUUAGUUUCUUUAAAUGCGCAUAUUUACACUUAUUACACAUCCCCAUCCCCUUUUUAUUGCUUAGGUGUUGCGUGCGAGCUGACUCUGUUCUAGGAGUUGUAUAUUUAUAUUUAUCUUCCGUGUUUUUUUUCUCUUUACUGUUACUAAUUUUAUUUUUUACGUAAGAUUCUGAUGGGAGAGGGAGCGAUUACAUACAGUGGGACAUACAGGAAGCAGGUUGUAAAGUAAUUGUGGAUAAAAUGAACUAAAAAGAUAAAAUAAAACAAAAAUUAAACCAUCAUAAAAGGAUUGAUUAUAGGAGGAAACACAGGAAGCAAUUUAAAACUGAUCCACUCGAGAGAAGUAUUGAAGAAAGUUUGAUUUGCUUUUGGAAAGAGAUUGGUUUAGUAAGCGUUAAAGCGUUGCGCGUUUAGUUUUCCAAACAUUAAAAGUAAAAAAAAAAACAACUAAAACAUACAUAAAGCGAUACGAAUAAUAUAUUAAACCUAAAUAAUAAUAACACACACACACACAAUUCGUUGAAGGGCGAGCUAAGGAGAAGGAGUGCGAGGAGUAGGUUAAGCAAUUAUACAUUCAAACAUUUGCGUUAAAUCGAUAGCAAAAGUAUGCGAAACAUACAUAUGCACACGACGCAACAUACAUAUUCUAGCCAGCUACUAGUGAGUUAAGUGAGAAGGGAAGAGAGAGAGAGGAAGAGAAGGAGCGAAAAAAAAAAUGAUAAAAAAUGAGGACCCCGCGCGAUAUCAAAACCCGUUAUUGUGGAUGUGGCGAAAGAGAGAGAUAAGAAGGUGCUAAUAGUUUGUCGUGGGGUGGGAAUGAAAAUCAAGUUAUUGCUAUUUUUUAACACAACACAGAGAAAAUAGAAAAAAAGAAAAAAAAA